AUGGCAGAUGAGGACGAUCGAUACGGUCCGCCCACGCAUUCGUGCAAAUAUUGCAACAAAUGCUUCCCAGCAACAUUGGAAAAGAAUAGAUUUGGCGAGAAGUGUCUGAAGAGUGACUUGCUUCUGGAUGGUGCCGAUGCUUUAGUUGCUGCACUUGAUGGCUGCCAGUUCCUCCUUCUAGCUUUGCACCCCCACAAAUCAGACGCUGAGACCACAAGGGCAGCAAAGUUCUCGAAAGCCUCGAUCCAGCCAAGCAAGCACCUCGAGAUCCCAGUUUCUGGAUGGAAUCAGGGUUCGAGCAAGGUCAACGUCUGGCUUCCUCAGACUUCCAUAGCUUUCGCAGUAGUGUUUAGUCUUUCUGGCUAG